UUAAAUUUUAUUUAUCAGCAGUCCUACUCCCUCUACUCUCAAUUGUUUUUUCUGCUUGUUGCGCGCGCGCGUGUGUGUGAGGAGUCACCUAGAGAAGUGUUGGACGGUUUUAUUAAGUUACUUGACAGCCUAACCGGGGCCUCUCAACCCCCGACAUUAGCAGAAAUGAUCAGAGCUUAUCUAAUAGCAACUGCUGGUCUAGGUGUCACCUGUUUUGUCGCUGGGAUGCUGCCUCGUUUGAUCAGCUUCCAAAUUCGCUCUUCAAGGUCUUUGAUUUUAUCGUUUUGUCUCUGCUGUGGAGCUGGUGUUCUUCUUGCCACAGCUAUGGUUCACAUUCUUCCAGAAAUCAGUGAAAAAAUACCUAACUUGGCUGCCGUUGUAUUUUGCGCUGGAUUUCUGAUGCUAUUCUUCAUCGAUGAGAUGGUUCACUUUUGGUGCAGUUCGAAGAAUGGUGACUAUGAAGACAUGGAUCCUCUGUUGAAUGGAACUUCUCAUCAUCACUAUGGAGCAAUUCCUCGACCAAUUGAAAAUGAUUUGAACUUUUCCUCUGAAGAAAGUGAUGGGAGUGCUUCCUCCUCGCGUGCAAGUCAUAAUUCACCAUCAACUACAAAGAGAAAAGCUGAAAAGCAGCCUUCAACUUCUUCUACAAGCACUGGCACCAGCACAGAUGAUUAUUUAUCAAGUCACUGUCAUUCCGGGUCUACUAGCGGUCAAGUUGCAUUACUUGCUGCGCUAUCCCUACACUCAUUACUGGAAGGGGCAGUUAUUGGCGUGCAGCAUGAGCCCAUAGAGAUAUUAUUCCUAACGAGUGUUGUUGCCAGCCAUAAAAUUAUUGUGUCUCUGUGUCUGGGAAUGGAAUUAGCAGCUCAGUACUGCUCCUUAAAGCGGCACCUAGGAGCUAUACUUUUUUUCAUUUUCGGUUCAAUACUAGGCAUUGUUAUCGGCAUGUCAGUCCACAUUCAAAACGCAGUCAACAGUAAUUCUCUUUAUAUUCUCCAGGGGCUGGCAGGAGGAACACUCUUGUAUGUUACUGUAUGUGAAGUUCUUCCUAGAGAGAGAGCAAGAUGGCAAACAGUGCAAGGCGCUGGUUUAGUCCAAUUUGCUGCUGUUUCGACCGGAUUUGGUCUAUUAGUUUUUUUUAACUCCAAAUGUUAAGAUUUUAAUGAGCUCAAAUAAUUUUUUCUUAUCAUCACAA